AUGCGAUCUGCAAGCAUAUGCCAUUAUACGAUCUGCAAGCAUAUGCCAUAUGCGAUCUGCAAGCAUAUGCGAUCUGCAAGCAUAUGCCAUUAUGCGAUCUGCAAGCAUAUGCCAUAUGCGAUCUGCAAGCACAUACCAUAUGCGAUCUGCGAGCAUAUGCCAUAUGCGACCUGCAAGCAUAUGCGAUCUGCAAGCAUAUGCGAUCUGCAAGCAUAUGCGAUCUGCAAGCAUAUGCGAUCUCAUAUGCCAUAUGCGAUCUGCAAGCAUAUGCGAUCUGCAAGCAUAUGCCAUUAUGCGAUCUGCAAGCAUAUGCCAUAUGCGAUCUGCAAGCACAUACCAUAUGCGAUCUGCGAGCAUAUGCCAUAUGCGACCUGCAAGCAUAUGCGAUCUGCAAGCAUAUGCGAUCUGCAAGCAUAUGCGAUCUGUAAGCAUAUACGAUCUGCAAGCAUAUGCGAUCUGCAAGCAUAUGCGAUCUGCAAGCAUAUGCCAUCUGUGAUCUGCAAGCAUAUGCGAUCUGCAAGCAUAUGCGAUCUGCAAGCAUAUGCCAUCUGCGAUCUGCAAGCAUGUGCGAUCUGCAAGCAUAUGCGAUCUACAAGCAUAUGCCAUUAUGCGAUCUGCAAGCAUAUGCCAUCAUGCCAUCUGCAAGCAUAUGCCAUUAUGCGAUCUGCAAGCAUAUCCCAUUAUGCGAUCUGCAAGCAUAUGCCAUCAUGCGAUCUGCAAGCAUAUGCCAUUAUGCGAUCUGCAAGCAUAUGCCAUUAUGCGAUCUGCAAGCAUAUGCCAUUAUGA